GGCUUAUCCGAUCGUAAAUAAAAUAAUGCUCAGCGUAGUUAUGUAAUAUUUUUUUAUUUUUAAUUUCUGAACCUCUUUUUGUUUGUUGCUUGUCAUUCCUAUUUUCAUCGAUUUAUUGUGCCUACAAGGGCUAUGGAUAUACUACUCACAAAAUAUUGAAAGAAAGAAAGUUUUGAAUAAGAAAAAUAAAGAUUAUGUCGAACGUAAAGGAAAGGAAAGCACAAUUCAAUUUGGAUAGAGAUUCAGCUCCAAAUCAGCUAAAUUAUACAACAAAUUGGAUGAGCUACAAAGGAGCUUGGAUCACAACCGUUUUUGUUGCCGUGGCUAUCAAAGUGCUAUAUUCAUUGAUACCUUUCAUUUCGUCAGAAACCAGCUGGACAUUAACAAAUCUAACUUUUAAUGCUGGGCAUUUUGUAAUGUUCCAUUGGUUGCAAGGACUACCAACAUUAAACAAUAUCAAUGGAGCAUAUGACGGUUUAACAGUUUGGGAACAAAUCGAUGAUGGCGUUCAAUUCACAGCAACGAGAAAGUUUUUAGUAAUGGUACCUAUUAUACUAUUUUUAUUAAGUACACACUACACACAUUAUGAUAUGGUACAAUUCGCCAUCAACUUCUGUUCACUGGUAAUAGUGCUGAUUGCGAAAUUACCAUCCAUGCAUCAAGUGAGAAUAUUUGGUAUCAAUAAACGAACAGAAGACGUUUAUUGAUUGUAUACCAGUGGAUUCAAUCUUCAAUUGUACUAUAGAAUUAUAAACUGCAUACUUUACUACUAUUUUACUUUCAAUAAUUAAAAAAAGUUUUCGUGUCUUUGUUUACGAUUUGCUUUAUUUUUAUGCAAAAACGUCUAUCGGUAAGAUGAUGAAGGCAAUAGGAAGCAUUCCAAUAGAAGGGUUCAACAGUAUCGUAU